AUGUGGAAGAGCCCCAACGGCACCAUCCGCAACAUCCUCAACGGCACCGUUUUCAGGGAGCCCAUCGUGAUUUCAAACAUCCCCAGGAUCGUGCCCGGCUGGACCAAACCCAUCGUCGUGGGCAGGCACGCGUACGGCGACCAGUACCGCGCCACGGACCUGCGGGUGCCGGGCCCUGGCAAGCUGGAGCUCAAGUUCACGCCGGAGGGCAGCACGGAGGCCCAGUCCUACGAGGUGUUUACUUUCGAGGGCCCCGGUGUGGGCCUGGCCAUGUACAACACAGACGACUCCAUCAAGGGCUUCGCCAGGUCGUGCUUCGAGUACGCCCUGUCCAAGGGUUGGCCGCUGUACCUGUCCACCAAGAACACCAUUCUCAAGGCCUACGACGGCCGCUUUCUUAUGAUCUUCCAGGAGAUCUACGAGGCGGACUACAAGUCCAAGUUCGAGGCGGCCGGGAUCUGGUACGAGCACCGCCUCAUCGACGACAUGGUGGCGCAGGCCCUGAAGAGCAGCGGCGGCUUUGUGUGGGCGUGCAAGAACUACGACGGCGACGUGCAGUCAGACAUCGUGGCGCAGGGCUAUGGCUCGCUGGGCCUCAUGACGAGCGUGCUCAUCACCCCGGACGGCAAGACCGUGGAGGCAGAGGCUGCGCACGGCACCGUGACGCGGCACUGGCGGGAGCACCAGAAGGGCCGCGCCACCAGCACCAACCCCGUGGCCUCCAUCUUCGCCUGGACGCGUGGCCUCGCGCACAGGGCCAAGCUUGACGACAACGCUGAGCUGGCUGAGUUCUGCGGCGACCUGGAGGCGGCGGUGAUCUCGUCCAUUGAGAACGGCGCCGUGACCAAGGACCUGGCUAUCUGCCAGCACGGCAACAACGUCACCCCGGACCAGUACCUCAACACUGAGCAAUUCAUGGACGCAGUUGCUACCACCUUCCAGGCCAAGCGGGCCGGAAAGGCCUGA